CUGACUGAGCCACCCAGAUGCCCUUGAAUUUCUAAUUAAUGUAAAAUUAAUCUUGAGUAGCCACAUGUGGCUAGUAGCCACUGUAUGGAGCAGCAGAGUUCUAGAAGAAAACACCAGAGACUACAGGGUGUUAACAGAGUGAUAUGGGACAGUGGCCAGCAUUCAGUGGGUGCUCUGUCCGUGCUGCCUGUAUCUGUGGCUAGAAACCGCAGGACAUUGGCUUCUGCAUUCAACAAAUGGUUACUGAGCGCCCACUGUGUGCUGGCCCCCAGAUCAACCUCUGUGCCCAUGGAGCUUUGGUCUCCUGGGGGAAACUGGUGCUGUCCCAGCUGUGACUCUCCUGCUAACCACCUCCCAGUGUCACACCUCUGUCUCUGUGCUCCAGCUCUCCUGUCUGGGAUGACUUUGGUCAGCCUUUCCUCCUAGACCUCAUUCAUUACGUAGCAGACAGCAGCAGUGGUCUCUCUGCCAGGAGGCUUUCCAUGGCUUCCCUCCUGUCCUCUGGUGCUGUCUGCGCCCCCCUACCCCCCGCAGGUCUGCACAGAGCACCCUGGGAACGGAGGAGGCUUGAUGGGGAGCACUGGGGACUGGUAGCAUCAUGGGGACGGGCUGUGCAGGAUCUCGGGGCUGCACGGCGAGCGACUGGUGAGAGGUGGUGGCAAAGGCAACCUUAGCCAAGACAACACAAAGCCCGAAGGUGAGGAAGAGCUUGGUGUUUAGAGGGAGCAGAGAUGUCAUCCAUGUAGAGGAGAACACAGGACCCCUCUGGACACAAGACUAUCCUGGGGACGACCUUCUUCACACUCGCCGUGUUCGUGGUCCUCUACAUGCUGGUGUAUGUGGAGUGCCUUGUCCGGAGGUGUCUCAGGGCCUCGGCGCUGCUCAUCUGGGUCUGCCUGAUGAUGCUGGGCUACGUGCUGGUGUUCGACUCAUGGAGAAAGACAACCCACGUGGGGGCGCAGGUGCCCUUCUUCCUGUUCAUCGUCUUCGUGGCAUACACGCUGCUGCCCUUCAGCAUGCAGGGGGCUGUCGUGGCGGGGGUGGUCUCCAGCGUCUCCCACCUCCUGGCGCUCGGGGCCCUGAUGGGGGCCUUCACGACGCCCAGCGUCCGGGCGGGGCUGCAGCUGCUGGCCAAUGCCGUCAUCUUCCUGUGCGGGAAUCUCACGGGUGCCUUCCACAAGCACCAGAUGCAGGACGCCCCCCGAGACCUCUUCACCUACACCGUGAAGUGCAUCCAGAUCCGUCGUAAACUGCGUGUCAAGAAGCGCCAGCAGGAGAACCUGCUGCUGUCGGUGCUGCCUGCCCACAUCUCCAUGGGCAUGAAGCUGGCCAUCAUUGAGCGGCUCAAGGAGCGCGGGGACCGCCGCUACAUGCCCGACAACAACUUCCACAGCCUGUACGUCAAGCGGCACCAGAAUGUCAGCAUUCUCUAUGCCGACAUCGUGGGCUUCACGCGGCUGGCCAGCGACUGCUCCCCCAAAGAGCUGGUGGUGAUGCUGAAUGAGCUCUUCGGCAAGUUCGACCAGAUCGCCAAGGCCAACGAGUGUAUGCGGAUCAAGAUCCUGGGCGACUGCUAUUACUGUGUGUCGGGCCUGCCUGUGUCCCUGCCCAACCAUGCCCGGAACUGCGUGAAGAUGGGGCUGGACAUGUGUGAGGCGAUUAAGCAGGUGCGAGAGGCCACAGGUGUGGACAUCAGCAUGCGUGUGGGCAUCCACUCGGGGAACGUGCUGUGUGGUGUCAUCGGGCUGCGCAAGUGGCAGUAUGACGUGUGGUCCCAUGAUGUGUCUCUGGCCAACAGGAUGGAGGCGGCCGGAGUCCCUGGCCGGGUGCACAUCACCGAGGCCACACUGAACCACCUGGACAAGGCCUAUGAGGUGGAGGAUGGGCACGGGCAGCAGCGGGACCCUCACCUGAGGGAGAUGAACAUCCGCACCUACCUGGUCAUUGACCCCCGGAGCCAGCAGCUGCCCCCGCCCAGCCAGCACCUCCCCAAGCCCAAGGGGGAUGCGGCCCUGAAAAUGCGGGCAUCUGUGCGCAUGACCCGCUACCUCGAGUCCUGGGGGGCCGCGCGGCCCUUUGCACACCUCAACCACCGCGAGAGCGUGAGCAGCAACGAGACCCCUGUCCCCAACGGACAGAGGCCCAAGGCCAUUCCCCUGCGGCGCCACCGGGCCCCUGACAGGAGUGCGUCCCCCAGGGGGCGGUCUGAGGACGACUCGAACGACGAGGAGAUCCUCUCGGCCAUCGAUGGGCUCAGCUCCACAAGGCCCUGCUGCUCCAAGUCCGAUGACUUCUACACCUUCGGGUCCAUCUUCCUGGAGAAGGGCUUCGAGCGGGAGUACCGCCUGGCGCCCAUCCCCCGGGCCCGCCACUACUUCGCCUGCGCCAGCCUCGUCUUUGUCUGCAUCCUGCUCGUCCAUGUCCUGCUCAUGCCCAGGACGGCGGCCCUGGGUGUGUCCUUCGGGCUGGUGGCCUGUCUGCUGGGGCUGGUGCUCAGCCUGUGCUUUGCCCACGAGUUCCUGCGGUGCUGCCCGGCCCGAGGGACGCUGCAGGCCAUCUCCGACAGGGUGGAGACCCAGCCCCUGCUGCGGCUGUCCCUGGCCGUCCUCACCAUCGGCAGCCUGCUCAGCAUCGCCAUCGUCAACCUGCCGCUGAUGCCUUUCCCGGGCAACCAGACAAGCUGGAAGGAUGUGGGCAGCAGGGAGCCGGCCCUGUGCGAGCUCCUCCCGUAUUACACCUGCAGCUGCAUCCUGGCCUUUGUCGCCUGCUCCGUCUUCCUGCGGAUGAGUCUGGAGCUGAAGGUCGUGCUGCUGACAGUGGCCUUGGUGGCCUACCUGGUGCUCUUCAACAUCUCCCCGUGCUGGCAGUGGGACUGCUGCGGCAACGGCUGGGCCAACCUCACCAAGACCAACGGCACCCUCAGCUCCCCGUACUGCUUGUGGAAGGACCCGAAGGCGAUGAUCAACUUCUACCUGGUCUUGUUUUACGUCACCCUCCUCAUGCUCUCCAGACAGAUUGACUAUUACUGCCGCUUGGACUGCUUGUGGAAGAAAAAGUUCAAGAAGGAACAGGAGGAGUUUGAAACCAUGGAGAACGUGAACCGCCUUCUUCUGGAGAACGUCCUGCCGGCCCACGUGGCUGCGCACUUCAUCGGUGACAAGUUAAAUGAGGACUGGUACCAUCAGUCCUAUGACUGCGUGUGCGUCAUGUUUGCGUCCGUGCCGGACUUCAAAGUCUUCUACACGGAAUGCGACGUCAACAAGGAGGGGCUGGAGUGCCUGCGUCUGCUGAACGAAAUCAUCUCCGACUUCGACGAGCUGCUCCUAAAGCCCAAGUUCAGCAGCGUGGAGAAGAUCAAGACCAUCGGCAGCACAUACAUGGCAGCUGUGGGGCUCAGCGUCACUUCAGGGACUGAGAACCAGGACCUGGAGCGGCAGCACGCGCACAUCGGCAUCAUGGUGGAGUUCAGCAUCGCCCUGACGAGCAAGCUGGACGGCAUCAACCGGCACUCCUUCAACUCCUUCCGCCUGCGAGUCGGCAUAAACCACGGGCCUGUGAUUGCUGGAGUGAUUGGGGCACGGAAGCCUCAGUAUGACAUCUGGGGAAACACGGUCAAUGUCGCCAGCCGAAUGGAGAGCACUGGAGAGCUUGGCAAGAUCCAGGUCACCGAGGAGACCAGCACGAUCCUGCAGGGACUAGGCUAUUCUUGCGAAUGCCGGGGACUGAUUAACGUCAAAGGCAAAGGCGAGCUGAGGACUUACUUUGUCUGCACAGACACUGCAAAGUUCCAAGGGCUGGGACUAAACUGAGGGCUUCUGCAAGGUGACCGUGCUGGAAGCGGAUUUCCCGUUCCUGAAGCAAGCUGCAGGGCGCCCAGCCCUAUGCCAGGCUCGGAGGCAGUCCCAGGGUUUGGCCAUCGCUGCCCGGACAGACGGCUGUGUGUGGACUUGGACUUGUGCUAGAGGCUCUCUUGGAACGUGCACUAGACCCCAGCCCAAGGCGACCACCGUGCCUCGCCACACACAGGCAGCUGGGACACUCGGCUCCCUGGGUACCAUGGGGACCUUGGAGCAGGAGCCGCACAGGCGGGCCUGGUGUUUUCUAGGUACGGGGCCGCGCCGAGUCCCGGGAUGGCUGGGCACGCCUUCCUCCUGGCGGAGCCACAGGACUCUCCAUCCCUCACACAGGUGCCCCGGAAACAGCUGAGAGGGGGUUUCCCAUCUAGGGCUUCACACAGUAGGGAGAGCACGGCACGGCAGACGCUUGGCUUGUCAGCUCUGGCAUGUGUUUGAUUUAAAUGGGUGUAUGAUUAGUGGAGGUUUUUAAAUCCUUUCUAAUGGCUUCUUAGACACCAGACAAAACCUCUUCCCUCCAGUGUGUGGUCUUCUUCACCGUGUCCGCGGACAGCCUGGCCGAGCUGGGGCAGUGGGCUGAGGCCCACGGCUGUCACGCGGCAGGAAGGCAAGGAGCAGUGCAGCCCUGAAAGGCACAGCCCUUCGCCCUCCCUGAGGAGCACGCGUCGUGGGAGCACCUCCCGCCGUCCUUAGCUCUGUCCUGCUUCCUGCACUGGAAACGAAGGGGCCUGUGCCUUUAGUGCUCCCUGCCUUUUCUGUAGUCCUCCCGGCUCAACUGUGGGGGUUCAAGACGCAAAGCCAUGUCCUCUGCAAAAUGUGCAAAGAGGCUCUGGUACCUGGGAAGCCAGCAUGCUCGGACGCAGAGAUGGACUUGUUCUGAUCGGAAGGAAUCGAGUCAGGUGCAAAAAGCCAGGUUUGUGAGGUGGGUCUCACGGUGCUGCAAUUCUAGAAGAAUGAAGUCAGCCUUCGCUGCAUUUCAGGGUUGAGAAGGAGCCAAACUGCUUGCUCCUCUUUCUGAAUCGGCUUCACUGUCACGUCCCCAGAACACGCCUGGGGUUCACUACAGAGGAGGGGUGCCUGGCUGGGAGUCCUCCAGGAGCCCCUGCAAGUACAGGAGACCUGACGCAUGGGAGACUUCUAAAGCCUACACAGGGCUGCAGCCCAGGGCACGGACGGCUGGACCCGAGGCUGCUGGCAUGUGUCUGCAGGCUGACGCACCUCAGAAGGGGCUUAUCUAAUUCGCAGAGGUGCCGGGUGUCCGAGUGCGGCCCCGAGGCCCGCAUGCAACUGGAAUAGACGUGUACGAAUUACGAGAACUUGCUGAAUAAAGGACUGUUGUGGUGAAAAUGCUAUUAAGGGGACUAACCUUACUUAAACUGUUCUAUGCACCAACUUUCCCUGCAAAGGGCUGGUUUCAGGGGGCACUACGCUGAAAUCUGUACACGCAACUCAGCAGCGACCUCCUGGAAAGUCAGGACGGUCCUGUCACUGAUCCCACAGAGACGCACACGGCUGUGCUGCCUCUCUGAGGUGGACCUAGUUCCACUCUUGUACUAUUUGAAUUAUUCUGCUCUUCCAGCAACAGAAAUCCCAGUUAGGAGUUUAAGAAGUUACUUACCAUAGAUUUUUAUUUCCAGUUCAAGCACUGUGCUCAGAUAAAAGUAUUUUGGAAGAUUUUAGUUUUUCAUGUGCAGACCAUAGUGCACAAAAAGCACUCAGUUUUCAUCAGCCUGUUUUCCAGUCCCCAGCCCUUUCUCCACAGGCGCCAUUUUGUCUUGACAGGAAAGUAUCUUUUCUAACACUGACCUUUUCUGUGGGUCAAGGGCUUGCUUAAAGGUGGCCUCCCUGACUCUAGUGACAAUCACACCUGACGUUCUCUGGUUUACUCAUUAAGAAAAUUUCCUAACUGAGAAGAUCAUUAACCAGUUUCUACCCUGUGUAUAUAAUAGGUCAACGUGCAGAAACAGGUUUUGAGAGGACCAAACAACCAGCAAUUACUCUGUAUCCUGAAUAUUUAUAGAUCUGUGACAUUUGUUUCAAAAUGUUGUAUUUCAUUUUUAUAAAGUACCAGUGUUUCUACUUUGUUUAGCAUUUCAUACAUUAAAUUAGUAAUCUGGAAAACAUGAA